AUGGCGGAGGGCGGUGGCGGCCCGCGGCGGAAAGCUCUGGCGCUGCUGGAGGCGGCGCGCUCCCGCUACGAGAGUCUGCAGAUCUCAGACGACGUGUUCGGAGAGUCGGGCCCGGAUAGCAGUGGGAACCCCUUUUAUAGCACCUCCGCCGACUCGCGCUCUUCCUCGGCCGCCUCCUCGGACGAUGAGGACGAGCAGACCGGUCCUGCGUCCGCCUCGGCCGCCACGCAGCGCCCGCCGCCUCCCCCGGCCUCAGAGGCGCAGCUGCAGGACGACGAGGACAGCGAGGGCUGGAGCCCCGCGCUGCGCGACCCCCCGACUCCGCGCUGUGAAGAGAGCGGCGGUCCAACCCGAAAGAUGCCCCCCAACGCCAGUGCCAUGGACUUCUUCCAGCUCUUUGUCCCCGACAAUGUUCUCAAGAACAUGGUGGUACAGACAAACAUGUAUGCCAAGAAGUACCAGGAGCGAUUUGGGAGUGAUGGGGCCUGGGUGGAGGUGAGCCUGAGCGAGCUGAAGGCUUUCCUGGGCUACAUGAUCUCCACCAGCAUCUACCACUGCGAGUCCGUCCUCAGUAUUUGGAGCAGCGGUUUCUACAGUAACACAAGCAUCGCCCUGGUCAUGAGCCAGGCCCGCUUUGAGAAGAUCCUCAAGUACUUCCAUGUUGUGGCCUUCCGCUCCAGCCAAACCACACAUGGCCUCUACAAGGUCCAGCCCUUCCUCGACUCCCUGCAGAAUGGCUUUGACUCUGCCUUCAGGCCUUCCCAAACACAGGUGCUACAUGAACCCCUGAUCGACGAAGACCCAGUGUUCAUUGCCACAUGCACAGAGAGGGAACUGAGGAAGAGGAAAAAGCGGAAAUUUAGCCUCUGGGUCCGGCAGUGCUCGUCCACGGGCUUCAUCAUUCAGAUUUACGUCCACCUGAAGGAAGGUGGGGCCCCAGAUGGACUGGAUGCUCUGAAGAAUAAGCCCCAACUCCAUAGUCUGGUGGCCAAAAGCCUCUGCCGUAAUGCAGCAGGCAAGAACUACGUCAUCUUCACAGGCCCUAGCAUCACCAGCCUGACGCUGUUUGAAGAGUUUGAAAAGCAAGAGAUUUACUGCUGUGGUCUGCUCAGCUCCAGGAAAAGUGACUGCACAGGCCUGCCUCUGUCCAUGCUGACAAACCCAGCCACCCCCCAGUCCCGGGGACAGUACCGAAUCAAGAUGAAGGGGAACAUGUCUCUGAUCUGCUGGUACAACAAGGGACACUUCCGCUUCCUGACCAAUGCCUACUCCCCAAUCCAGCAAGGGGUGAUCAUUAAGAGGAAGAGUGGUGAGAUCCCAUGCCCCUUGGCUGUGGAGGCAUUUGCUGCUCACCUGAGCUACAUCUGCAGAUACGAUGACAAAUAUAGCAAAUAUUUCAUUUCCCAUAAACCGAACAAGACCUGGCAGCAGGUGUUCUGGUUUGCCAUCAGUAUCGCCAUCAACAACGCCUACAUCCUGUACAAAAUGUCUGACGCCUACCAUGUGAAGAGGUACAGCCGCGUACAGUUUGGGGAGAGGCUGGUCAAAGAGCUGCUGGGCUUGGAGGACACUUCACCAUCCCACUGAUGCCUGGCCUCAGCCCGAGGCUCAGGAAGGUGAGAGGAGGGAGAGAGCCUGCUCACCCCAGUAGAGACCUGGACACGCCGAACGGAAGCUGUGAGGCCUUUGC